CUCAAAGUCAAUUGUUGAUAAACGAACAUUUCUUGAUUUUAUGUUUUAGUGUUAUUCCUUACGUUUAAGUAUUUGGAUACUAAAUAAAAUGAAGGCAGACGUUCAGCCCUCACCCGAUAAACCCAAAAUACCUCUACCUACCCUCUCUCAAAUAAAUGCAGAUAGAAUAACGUUGCUCGCAAAUCAGUACUGGUCACCGCAAACUAAAGAUAAUCACUUACCUUACGAUGCCGCUAUCGUGGAAUCUAUAUACCAAGCUGAGAUACUCGGCUCCAAUUUCGCCAUACGACGUAUUAUGAUGUUAGAAUUUUCUCAGUACCUAGAGAACUACUUGUGGCCUCACUAUGAGGCGGAGAAGGCGUCACACGCGCACAUGAUGUCAAUCAUCGUCAUGAUUAAUGAAAAGUUUCGUGAAAGAGUGCCAGCGUGGCAGGCAUUUUUAAAGAAACCAGAUCAUUUUCCUGGAUUUUUCGAGCAAGUGUUAAGAGCAAGUAUCGUAGAGGAAUUCAGUAACAUGCGAGAGCAGACUGCACUGUUACUGUUUCUGAAUCACUGCUUCGGUAGUAUGGAAGUACAACUCUGUCGCGACCAAGUGAAGCGACUUGUAUCACUUAGCAUGUGGAUCAGUUUACAAGAAGGCAGAAGAAAUCAAGAGUUCAAAGCCGUGCCAAAAUGGCGUAAAUACUGGCGGGCGAUACAAAAGAAAGAUAAACCCGAACAAUUAGAGAAAUUAAACUGGGAGAGACGUUAUUUACAACGUUUAAUGAUCAAGUUUAUUAGAAUUUUGGAAAGCAUCCCCGAGGAAGGCGAUGUUGACUCACAUUCAAUCAGAUACUGCGAGCGGUUCCUGGAGCUAAUGAUAGACCUGGAAGCUCUGCUGCCGACCAGGCGGUUUUUCAACACUGUGAUGGAUGAUUGCCAUCUUGUAGUUCGCUGCCAUUUAUCAUCCCUCGCCAGGAGACCGGAGGGUCAGCUGUUCUCACAACUUCUACAGAUGCUCAAGUUUUAUGCUCGAUUCGAGAUCAGCGAUGAGACCGGCGACCCCAUGACAGAUCACGAUAUGACGCUGCAGCAUUACUCCAGAAUCACUUCUCUGCAGAAAGCCGCAUUUUCCAAAUUUCCCGACUUGAGACUCUUUUCACUGGCAAAUGUUGCCAGUGUUGACACGAGAGAAUCACUUAACAAACAUUUUGGAAACCUCAGCGAUAAAGCUCUUCGUGCGAUUGCCACGUACCUGAACCUCGUGCCGCCUGAAGGGAGAGAAGAAGAGGCUCCAUGGCACCGACUGGAUAAAGAGUUUUUAAAGGAGUUACUGAUAUCUCGCCACGAACGUCGAAUAUCUCAAUUAGAAGAAUUAAACUUAAUGCCACUGUAUCCGACCGAAGAAAUAAUUUGGGAUGAAAACGUGGUGCCUACGGAGAUAUACAGCGGCGAAAACUGUCUCGCCUUACCGAAAUUGAACCUACAGUUCUUGACUCUACACGAUUAUUUACUGAGAAAUUUUAAUCUGUUUCGACUGGAAAGUACAUAUGAAAUACGGCAGGAUAUCGAAGAUGCUGUAUAUCGACUUGCGCCAUGGUUAGCAGAAGACGGCAGCGUGUAUUUCGGAGGAUGGGCUCGUAUGGCCCAUCCCAUUCAUAGCUUCGCUGUUGUCGAGGUUGCGAAACCGAACAUAGGAGAGAAAGCUCCUUCAAGAGUGAGAGCUGACGUCACCGUAACACUGAGCGUCCGGAACGAAAUUAAACACGAAUGGGAGUGCUUGAGGAAACAUGACGUCUGCUUCCUAUUAACCGUUCGACCGACGCAAGGCAUAGGAACGAAAUAUGACUAUAAGAGAAGUAUGGUGGAUCAAGCAGGGAUAGUGUAUGUGAGAGGUUGUGAAGUAGAAGGCAUGCUCGAUGCUUCGGGCAGGGUUAUCGAAGAAGGCCCCGAACCUAGGCCACAGUUAGACGGCGAUUCUAGAACAUUUAGGCUACUCUUGGAUCCAAACCAGUACAGAUUGGAUUUGGAUCAAGCCAGCAAAGGGAAAGAGGACGUCUAUGAAACAUUCAACAUCGUGAUGCGCCGGAAACCCAAAGAGAACAACUUCAAGGCAGUACUGGAGACGAUACGUGAACUGAUGAAUACGGAGUGUGUGGUGCCUGACUGGCUACAUGACAUUGUUCUUGGAUAUGGAGACCCUGGUCAAGCGCACUACACCAGGAUGCCCAACGAGAUUCCAACUCUAGACUUCAACGAUACAUUCCUGGACGUGGAACACUUACGCAACAGUUUUCCCGGACACGAGAUUCAAGUCGAAACUGACGAUCCCAGGAAACUAGUACGCCCGUUCAAGGUCACGUUCGAGAAUGUGGAGCGUAAACAGAAGCUAGGAGACAAAGCGAUGGACGAAGAUGACAAAAAGAAAGCGAUCGUAAUCAAACCCCACGUUCAACCGAAGCGGGGACCGUAUCUCUACAAUGAACCUAAGAAAAAUAACAUAAUGUUCACACCGACACAAGUUGAAGCUAUUCGGUCAGGAAUGCAACCAGGACUAACGCUAGUCGUCGGUCCACCGGGAACAGGUAAAACCGACGUAGCCGUACAGAUAAUAUCUAAUCUUUACCACAACUUCCCGUGGGAGCGCACGCUGGUGGUGACGCACAGUAACCAAGCUCUCAACCAACUGUUCGAGAAGGUUGCGGAACUUGAUGUGGAUGAGAGACAUCUUCUCCGUCUCGGUCAUGGAGAGGAAGCUCUGCAGACGGAUAAAGAUUUUUCAAGAUACGGUCGAGUGAACUACGUCCUAGCUAAACGCAUGGAACUGCUGGAGCAAGUAGGUCGCCUCCAAAACACGUUGAAUGUGACCGCCGACGCGAGCGCCACUUGCGAACUGGCGCACCACUUUUACGUUUACCACGUGAAACCUCGCUGGCAGUAUUUCAUACACCAGUGCAACAAGAAAGAGCAUCAAACGCCAGAUUUGGUACAAAAGAAUUUUCCGUUCCACGAUUUUUUCGAUGACGCGCCAAAGCCAUUGUUCCACGGGAAGUCAUUCAAAGAAGAUUUUGACGUAGCAGAGAGCUGUUUCCGGUAUUUAGAACACAUCUUCGAUGAAUUGGAAGAGUUCCGCGCCUUUGAACUGCUUCGAUCCGGACUGGAUCGGUCAAAAUAUUUAUUGGUUAAGGAAGCGAAGAUCAUCGCUAUGACUUGUACUCACGCUGCUUUAAAACGAUCUGAAUUAGUACAAAUGGGUUUCAAAUACGACAACAUUCUCAUGGAAGAAUCUGCUCAAAUCCUCGAAAUCGAAACGUUUAUCCCACUUCUGCUGCAAAACCCUCAAGACGGACGCUCUCGUCUAAAACGCUGGAUCAUGAUCGGUGAUCAUCACCAGCUACCGCCAGUUGUGAAGAACAUGGCCUUCCAGAAGUACUGCAACAUGGAACAGAGUCUGUUCACUAGAAUGGUGAGACUCGGAGUCCCGUACGUUGAAUUGGACGCUCAAGGACGUGCUAGACCCAGUAUUUGCAACCUGUACCGCUGGAGGUACCGUAAUCUCGGCGAUUUGGCUCACGUCUGUCGCCUGCCUGAAUACCGUGCAGCUAACGCAGGCAUGCGAUAUGACUUCCAACUAAUUAACGUCGACGAUUUCAACGGCGCAGGGGAAACCGAACCUAGCCCGUAUUUCUAUCAGAAUUUAGCAGAAGCAGAGUACGUGGUCGCGGUUUUCAUGUACAUGAGACUUAUCGGAUGGCCCGCGGAGAAAAUCUCCAUACUUACGACCUACAACGGACAGAAACAUCUCAUUCGAGAUGUCAUCAACAAGCGUUGUGCCGACAACCCUCUGAUCGGACGGCCGCAUAAAGUGACCACAGUGGACAAAUACCAAGGUCAACAGAACGACAUCGCUCUGAUAUCGCUCGUGAGGACGAAGGCAGUGGGCCACGUAAGAGAUCUGCGACGUCUUAUCGUCGCUGCUUCGAGAGCUCGCCUCGGACUCUAUAUCUUCGCCAGAGCCAAUCUCUUCCGGAACUGCUUUGAACUGCAACCUACGUUCAACCAGCUGGUGGAGCGCUCGCUGGAGCUGGAGCUGGUGCCGGGCGAGCGCUGGCCGGCGCAGCGCGGCGCGGGCGCGCCCGUGCCCGCCGAGCUGCGCCUGCGCGUGCGCGACAUGCCGCACAUGGCGCGCUUCGUGUACGACCUGUACCUCGACCUCGUGCGCCGCCCCGACCAGAGCCAGCCAUCGUGGAGCGCGCCGGGCACCGUGGAGCAGAGCGAGCCGCAGGGCUUCGUGCCGGCGCACCCGGGGGCGGAGGACUACGACGACCUGCCCGCGACCUUCCAGCCCACAGACAUCGUCAACGAGGUCGAGGAGCCCAACUCGUAACUCAAUACUGAGGAUACAUGUAGCUGGGCCAUAAUAGAAUAAGAGUAAUAAUUAAAUAAAUAAAAAAUGAUUUCUC